AUGUUAAUGUUUCGCACCGGUUGCGAGCACAAGGGUUGUCAGGGUGGAUAUUUACAAUUGGUCGAUGGUUCCAUAAAUUCCAUAACAAACAAAUCGGAAAUAAAAAUAUGCGGAAACAAUGAUAGAUACGAUCCUCCAGUAUUAAUAUUUGCCGAUAACGAUGACACAACAACAUCUCAAUUUAUAGCUUAUUUUAGUUUUACAUCAAUAACAAACGAAGAACAGGGUAAUUUAUAUAAAGGUGGAAAAAAAAUAGCCAAAACAGAUUGCGACUGGCUUUAUCAAGAUUUUGAAUGCAGGGCUCCAGAAUCGUGCGUAUUAACUUCUCCGGGAUAUCCUGGACUUUACGUACCUAACAGAUUGUGUAAAUAUCACAUUGCCAUCAGUUCCAUGCAAACAAAAGUUAAAAUAUCAUUUGCAUCUGUUUUGUUACCAGAAAAGCAGUGCAAAACAGAUUUUAUAGCCAUACAUCAAGGAACGACAGUGCUCAGUCCUGUUGUUGGCACAAUUUGCGGAACGGAUAAAAAAGAAUUUAUUUUUUACGGUCCUAAUUUAUUAUUAGAAUUUAGGUCUGGGCCUUCUUUUCCUCCCUACAAUUACAACGGAUUUCAAGCUUCGUUGGAAUUUUUCGAACAAAUGAAUUUUAUUAAUAAAAAUUCAUCUCACAAUAUUUUUAUACAAACAACAGAAUCUAAUUUUCUCAUGGAUAGUACAAGUUCACCAAAAACGACAUCCGUCAAAAAUGGCUGUGAUAUAUCAUUUUCGGGUAACGUAUCACGUUCUGGUACUUUCGAUACGAGAACGUUGAAAUGGAGAUCGACGUGUUUAUUUACGUUUACCGGAAGAGCAACAGAUGUUGUACACAUUUCUUUAUUUAAUUAUUAUUUAAGUCCCGUGUCAAAAAGAGCACGGGAUUCAUUAACGGGUCGUUUUAUAGAACAGCAAAGUUUCGUGUCAACAGACAACACUUUUAGCAUAAGAUUAAAAAGAUCUUUACAAUCGCAUAAAAAAGAUCAAAUGGAAUUUGUCGACGGAGCUUUUUUAUUUCACGACGAACAAGUCGAUGGAACUCUACGACCUUUGACACUGUGUGACGUCGAUUAUUACGGUUUGAGCAGUUCGACAAGCGGUCAAGUUAACAAUCCGGGAAGUCAAGAUUUAUAUUUUAACAUUGAACGUCCGUUACGUUGCGUGGAUCGUUUCGUACCAGCAGCCAAUCAAAGCAUAACACUCACCAUCAGCAGAUAUAAAAUAUCGCAUUUGGAUCCGUAUUGUCACACUCAAUGCGGUGACGGCGGAUGUUUUUGCGUUGUUUUAAAUUCCAGAGAUUUGUCGCAAGUCGAUCAUUUAAUGCUCCAGACUGAUAGUGGACAAAUAUUAUCAUGCCUUUGUGGAGAAUUUCAAGAAGACUGGCUUCCGGUCACGUUAAAAAGUUGGUCGGCUUUAAAUUUAAUUUAUUACGUGGCUCAUUUCACGUGGGAAGAAAAAGGUUUUAAUUUUACAACAAAUUAUUCUUUUAACACGGACGGCAUAUGCGGUCAUUACACAUUCACGGCGCCCGACGGAGAAAUCGAAUCAAUACGAAUAAUACCGGACGGACAGCUCAAUUAUUAUUAUCAUCAAAAAUGCACGUGGUUGUUGGAUACGAAAAUCGAAAGACAACUCACGAUAGAAUUAUACACUCCGCAAAAUAGGCAUUGCGGAGCGUGGAAUUUAACUUUACACGAUUACGAUGAAAGUUCGUCCGAUAGAACAGGUACAUAUAUCGACAUAUUUUGUCCUAGGCAAAGACACAAAGUGUAUAAGUUGCCGUGGAAAAUGAAUUUGGUUGUUGUUAGACUUCAAGCAACAACGCACACGCCACCGGAAUUUACAAUUAAAUGGCGUUCUCAGGUUUUCAGGUCUAAUAAUAGAAUAUCGGAUCCCUUACCCUCACCCUCAUGGGCAAUAAGGGAUCAAACAACAUUUCUUUUGUUUUUAAUUAUUAUUUGCUUGAAAAAUACACUUUGUAUUUCACAAUUGAACUUGAUUAUUAUUAAUUAG